GAGGGGCGGGUGGCUGCAGCGGCAGUAGCAGCUGCUGCUGCUGCGGGCGAGGGCGAGCGGCAGCAGCUGCGUGAGGAGGUGGUGCGGCUGCGAGGGGAGCUGCGGGCGCUGGCGGAGAGCGGCAGGGCGCAGGAGGCUCCCGCCGCCCCCAGCGCCACCGCCCUGGAGCUGCAGCACUCCCUCCGCGAGGCGCAGGGCGAGCUGCUGCGGCUGCGGGCGGAGGUGCUGCACCUCAACGCGGCGGCGGCAGCGGGCGCACGGGAGCAGCAGGCCACCGCGGCAGCGCUGGAGGAGGCCAAGGCCAGGCUGCGUGAGCAGGACUCGCUGCACGCUGCGCUUGUGAGCUCGCUGCGUCAGCAGGAGGACAGCAGCCUGGGGCUGGUGGCGGAGCUGAGCGCUAAGAGGGUGGCGCUGGAGGGGGAGGUGUCCAGCCUGCACCAGCAGCUGGGCGCCCUGCGCAACCAGGUUUCGGAGCUGCUGGCGGAGCGGGCGGAACUGGAGGGCGCGCUGAAGCAGCGGGAGCAGGAGCUGCGGGCGGCAAAGGCCAGCAUGCUGGAGCAGGGAGCCGACAUCCGCAGCGCGCUGUCCCUCAUCAACCGGCCCCAGGGCGCGCCGCCGCCCCCAGCCGCGGCCCCCACCGCCAUGGGCGGGGCCUCACCCGCGGUAGACGCGCCGCCUGCCGCACUGCAAUGGAAGACCCUGCCGCCACCACAGCAGCAGCACCAGCAGGCCGCUGCACCGCAGCCGCUGGCAUCAGCGGCGACGACAGCGGCAGGCGCAGCCACCGGAAAAGGCUCGUUGGACUCAGCACUGGCGGCAGCGCUCGCGCCGUACCAUAACGCCAGCGCCGCCAUUGGAUCCGCACUGGCGGCGGCGGCCGCCAUUGCGCCCAUGCCACCGCCGCCGCCGCGGCCAUCGGCCCACACGGGUUCGGGUUGUGGGUCGGCGGGAGGAGCCGGCGGCAGCACUGGGGUUGGGAGCGGACCAGGAGGUGCCGGCGGUUGGCUGGCGCCUGCGGCAGCACCCGCUCCCAAUGCACUUGCGUCCCUGCCGCCGCCGCCGCCACCUCAGCCAACACAGACGCUGGUACCUGCAACGCUGCUACCGCACCAGCAACAUCAGCAGUCUACGCAGCACCAGCAACUCUGUCAAGCACAUGUGCCGCAGCUCCAGCAACCCUACCAACCGUCGCUCCAGCAACAGCAUCCCCAGCAACACCAACACCUCCAGCCGCAGCAACACCAGCAGCAGCAGCAGCAGGCCCUAGCAGCUGAGCUGGCCGCAGUGCUCAGCCAGUGGUCAGGACUGGCCCGCGGUGGAGGGGCCGGGCGGCUGGGGUCUGAGGACCUGGCCCACGGAGUCCCCGCAACCGCACCACCUCAACCCGCCUCCAUGGCUCCGACGGCAGCAGCAACAGGGGCCGCAUGUGCACCGCAGUACGCAGCAGUCCCUCCUCCCGCUGCGGCUGCGGCUGCUGCGGCUUCGGCUGCCUUCGCCCCGCCCCACAGCGAGGGUUUCCUCGCCCCAGGAGCGCUAGCACGUGGUGGAGGCGGCGGCGGCGGCACGGGUUUCGACCCGGGGCGUUACGCGGGCCCCUCAGCUGCUGCUCCUGCGGCACACGAGCUGUUACAGCCGCAGCUGCAGGUGGGGCGAGCGGGUGCUGCUGCCAGGGGCUUCAGUGCCGAGGAGGGAGCUGAGGAACUGUACGGCGAGGACGGCGCAGCUGGAGGCAACGGCAGCGGUUGGCG